GAACAGUCGAGCAGUUGAGGUUGAGCCGCUGCCCUGGCCACGAUACGAUCGAUCGCCGCUCCUCGUUCCUUCCCCUUCUGUCUCUGUCGCGCAUUCCUCAGAAUUUAUAUACUAUAUUCAAUAGUAUUUGUGCUAACCCAACCUAAAAAUAAUCCCCCUACAGAAUGGAUCGCCAGAGUCUAGCAUCCUUUGUCAGUCCGUACAAGUGCCGUCCCUGGAUGACGAGCACUGGAGCCGCUGCACCAAGCGGUGGGGGCAAGGGCCUCAAGGGCAUUGUGGCUGGUGGCAUCACGGGCGGCAUUGAGAUCUGCAUCACGUAUCCCACCGAGUACGUGAAGACACAGCUGCAGCUGGACGAGAAGGGGGCCAACAAGCGGUACAACGGCAUCGCGGAUUGCGUGAAGAAAACCGUCCAGCAGAAAGGCUUCUUUGGCCUGUACCGAGGCCUGAGUGUGCUCCUCUACGGCAGCAUACCCAAGUCGGCUGCCAGAUUUGGAGCUUUCGAGUACCUGCGCGGACACGCUGUCGAUGCCAAUGGACAACUUUCCACAGCCGGAAAACUCCUCUGCGGCCUGGGGGCGGGCGUGUGCGAGGCCAUUCUGGCCGUGACGCCCAUGGAGACCAUCAAGGUGAAGUUCAUCAACGACCAGCGCAGCGCCAAUCCAAAGUUCAAGGGCUUCGCCCACGGCGUCGGACAGAUCGUCAAGGCGGAGGGCAUCAGUGGGGUUUACAAGGGUCUCACGCCCACCAUCUUGAAGCAGGGCUCGAACCAGGCCAUCCGCUUCUUUGUCCUGGAGUCCCUGAAGGAUCUGUACAAGGGCGACGAUCACAACAAACCGGUGCCCAAGCUUCUGGUCGGAGCCUUUGGCGCUGUGGCCGGAGCCGCCUCCGUUUUCGGCAACACGCCACUGGAUGUCGUGAAGACGCGUAUGCAGGGUCUCGAGGCAUCGAAGUACAAGAACACCGCCGACUGUGCCAUGAAGAUCCUGAAGAACGAAGGCGUGGGGGCCUUCUACAAGGGAACGGUGCCGCGUCUGGGACGUGUCUGCCUCGAUGUGGCCAUCACGUUCAUGAUCUACGACUCGUUUAUGGAUCUCUUCAACACAGUGUGGAAGUAGAGAUACGUGACGAGACGAGACGAGACAGGCUUUUAGUGUUAGUUCCGAUCCCUCUGAACCCCUGACCUAGUCGACUGCUAGUUUGCAUGAUCUAUAUGAUAUAUUCCACUGGAGAGAGCAUUUCUAUGGUUUCAUUACGUUACAUUACGUUCGGGUACGCCCUAUUGCGUAUUAAUUAUACAUAAUAUUUGUAGAGAA